GGGGUCACCAAGAAUAACGGAGGAAGCAAAGAGAAAAGAAAGAGCGUUUGCGAUAAAAAGCCUUGGAGAAGAGGUCUUCUUCCCUCCUUUGCAUCUCUUAUAAGAUGCCAUAUCACGCCUCCUCUUCUUCUAACAAUAUUCGCCGUCAUUUCACCUCCGUUUAAUCACGAUCUACCGUUUAAUUUUCCGUUUAGAGCAAUGCCUACUUUUUCAGCUAUUGCUUUGGAUAGAAUGCUAGAGCCAGGAGCUGCUUCUACAUCAGCCAACACUGUUCCAACCACAACGUCGUCGUAUUACUCAAAGCCACCAAUACCUAAUAAGCUGGAGAAUGGCAAAGGCACUCGUCCUAAGAUGUCACCGGCUCUCUACGCCACUCCUGAUGCAAUCCCACUCCCCAACUCUCCGUCCUCCUUCCCUCCGUCGCCUUAUAUCAUCAACCAUAAAUCACGCGGGCCGCCGCGUCUCUUGAAAAGCUCUUCUGAAGCUAAUGUGGCUUCUUCCCAACAGAAGACCCUGGAAGAGGAAGGUGUUACUAGUGGUGCAGAUGUAAAGGCUUCACCUAGGAGGAAGUCCACCUCGUUCUCGUUUCCUAUAAGUGAGGCUACGGAAGAGGAUUAUACAGACUUUGACUUUGAGGGAGUUGUUGAUGGUCCUGUUGGGAGUUGGAGUCCGCUUGGUAAUGGAAAGUCGGAGUUGGAUAACGCUACUGCCAGUGAUUUAGAAUGGGAGAACAAUGUGCCGGAGCCUGUUACUGGCAAGGCAGAUAAGGAGAGUGAGUCUGAAGAUUUCUAUGAUCCAGGUGAGUCAGCAAGCUUCACGAGUAACACAGAUGUAGGAGAGGAAGGUUCAAACAGACUUGCUACACCCGUGGGAGAGUUUUAUGAUGCUUGGGAUGAGCUAUCAACGGACAGUGGAAUGCAGAGUUCAGUCAACAACACUGAAUCUGAACUAAGGGAGAUAAGGCUGAGUUUACUAAUGGAAAUCGAAAAGAGAAAACAAACAGAGGAGGCGCUGGAGCAGAUGCAAAUACACUGGCAGAGACUCCGUGAGCAGCUGGCACAGGUUGGUGUGUUCAUUCCUAUCGAUCCCACCACCUCCACCAACAAUAUGAACCUAUCAGAAGAAUUGCGCUGCCAACUCGAGGUUGCUAGGUUUGUCUCUGACUCUCUAAGCAGAGGUAUGGCCAAGGCAGAAGUAGAGAUGGAGAUGGAAUCUAUGCUCGAAACUAAAAACUUUGAAAUCACGCGCUUGUCUGAUCGUGUACACCACUACGAAGCCGUGAACCGAGAAAUGUCCCAACGAAACCAAGAGGCCAUAGAGUUGGCACGACGAGAAAGGCAGAAGAGAAAGAAGAGGCAGAGAUGGAUAUGGGGAUCAAUUGCAGCGACCAUUACCCUAGGAAGCGCGGCGUUAGCAUGGUCUUACAUUCCUGCGUCCAGACCAUCAUCAUCCGAAGCAUCACAGACUCUCAAGGAUGAUUAA